UUCAUACUGCGAUCUGGCGAGAAACGGACCCAUAACAAACUCAAAUUUAACUUCCGGUCCCCAUGUGGUUGUGUUGUGGUCCAUGAUGGAUCUUCCGUGCGUCCAGUGGCAAGAGCAUGUUGCACAGAAAUGGAUCGGACUCGACCCCGAGUUAAAGGAACAUUUUACAUCCCUGCUUGAAAUAGAUGACAUUUUUAAAUGCAGUCUAACUCUGACAACGCAAGAUGAUCUGGACUUUCUGCAGUCGAUCUCUGCAGGGUACUCUGUACAGAAGGACACAGAGCAAGCAGCCAAAUGCAGGGAGCGGGGCAACUCCAGCUUCAAGACCAGAGACUACACUGCAGCUGCUCUGCACUAUUCACAGGGCGUUUGUUUUGCUCCCCUACAUUCUGAGCAGCUGUCUCUGUGCUAUGCCAACCGCUCUGCUGCGCUCUACCAUCUGCAGCACUACCAGGAAUCCCUUGAUGACAUCGACCAAGCUCUAAAGAACAACUAUCCUUCUCAUCUUUUGCACAAACUAGAGGAGCGUCGCACACAGUGCCUCAAGCAUCUCUCUGCAGGUCAAAAGGCAAAAGAGGAUUAUCACAAUCCUGCCUCAAAAAAUCAUAAAGGCCCUGACGGAGAAGGACCUCUCACGGUUGGGAUUUGUCCUCAAGCUGUUGUUGCCUUCUGCCUGGAGAAAGGUCGACACCUGGUGGCUACAGAGAAAAUUGCAGCUGGGGAGGCCAUCCUCAGUGACAGGCCCUACAGCUGUGUGCUUAUACCAGGGAUGAAGGAGGUGAAAGGGAAGGGAGCAAGACCGGACAUGGCGAGAGUAGCAUCAUUUGGCAUGGAGCACAGGCGCUGUCACAGGUGUUUGACUGAAACACUGCGUCCUGUGGCGUGCAAAGGGUGUAGUUACAGCCGAUACUGUUCAGCUUCCUGUCAGAGAGAUGCCUGGGAAGAACAUCACUGCUGGGAGUGUCCACUGGGAGCAGAACUGAUGGUGAUGGGAGUGAUGUCACAGCUCGCUCUGAGAGUAACACUGAAGGCGGGGUUAAAAAACAUCCAAAUGGCCAGGGAUCCAAGCGGAGACAAGCACACAAAGCUAAAGCCAGGAUGUCAUUCUUCAUAUUAUGGCAACUCUUACCUGAGCGUGUUUCACCUGCUGCACCAUCUAAAUCGCCACAGCCCUGGUCUGCGUUUCCUUUGUGCAGUUACUCUGACAGUGCUCUACCUUAAGAUCAGCAAGACAGGACUUCCACUUGCAUCCUGGGACCUCAGUGGACCCUCAGGGCCAAACAGCUACUCACCAGACAAGGAGGGAUGUGAGAGCUCGGAGCUAUGGCUGCUGGGAAGUGCAGCUCUGAAGCACAUGUUGCAGCUGAGGUGUAACGCGCAGGCAAUCAUCACGCUGCAGGAUACAGGAGCAGCAAACUCACCAGUGCAGUCCAGCAGAGAAAUCCGCAUUGCUACAGCAAUAUUUCCGACUCUUAGUCUUCUCAAUCACUCCUGCUGUCCCAACACCAGCCUGAUGUUCUGCACUGGAACCGGUGCUGAUUCCACUGGUCCAGAACUGUCUGUAGACCUCAGUGAGGGUGUAGCUGAGGACAAAGGCGCAGCCCGCGGGGUCACAGUAACUGUCAGAGCAGCCAAAGUUAUCACCCCUGGACAAGAGAUCCUGCACUGCUAUGGUCCCCACAGCAGCAGGAUGGCGACCCAAGAGCGCCAGCGUCUCCUGCAGGAACAGUACUACUUCCUGUGUCAGUGUGAGGCCUGUACUGUGCAGCAGCCGGAGCAGGAGGAGGAGCGUACUGAAGACAGACAGCAGUGGUUGGGUGCUGGAGGCCAUCUACAUGAGUCUGGUCUCCUGUGUGGAAAGUGCAAAGGAUCUCUCAAGAAAAGCGGUGAGGACAGUGGAAAAGGAUUUAUGUGUUUGCAGUCAUCCUGUGGUCAUCGCAUGUCUUCAUCUGCAGUGAACCACAAGCUGCAGGAGAUCAGGGCCGACCUGGAGAAGGCUGUGGACCUCAUGGAGAGAGACAGACCAGAUGAGGCUCUGAGACUGUUGAGAAGGACCCCCUGUCAGUCUGGACUGAUCCUCGCAGAGUCACACCCACUGCAGGGCGAGCUGGCAGAUGCAACAGCCAGGGCAUAUGCCACAAUGGGUGACUGGAACAAUGCAGCCUCCCAUUUGGAGCGAAGCACUGUAGCCAUUGGCUCCCAGUAUGGAGAAGACAGCAUUGAACUGGGUCGUCAGCUCUUUAAAUUAGCCCAGCUACAUUUUAAUGGAGGUGCCAGAGGCCCAGCCCUCUCUGUCAUCCCCAAGGUCAAACACCUCCUCCGCCUUCACUGUGGCCCUCACUGUCAUGAAUUACAGGAGCUGCAAGCUAUGGAGGACUGUCUACGAGGGUAGUCAAGAGCCGAAAACUUUACAGUGUAAUAACCGAUUAAAAAAACUGAUUAAAAUCUGUGAAAUUUUCUUAGUGUCUCCACAUGUAAUAAAAAAGCUGAUGUGUUGUUUAUAAGCACUGUGUGUAUACAUACAGGUACUUUGAUACGCGCUAUGUAAGUAUGCUAUUUUAGAAGUGACGUGAGUUUGCACAGCUACCAAAUGGCCACAGGUAUACAUGUAGUUAAUUGUGUCUCUCUGACCUCUUGGUGUCAAAAUGUAUACAUCAAUAAUUUCAAUUUCAUGCUUCAGUGGUGGUCUUACAGUGUGACGCAACUUAUCCGACAGGUACUUGCAGGUUACAUGUACUUCUCUAAAUGAGACUAAAGUAAAUGUGUACAUUUUUUAUGACUGUGGUUAAGAAAUGGUUUCCACUCCA